AUGACUACUGAAGUUGGGGACGAGACUGCUAAAAAAGCCUCUUCACGUAAAAGAAAACAAACUUCCGAAGAAACUACUGUUGAACGUAAGACUAAUCCUAGACCACCGGGAACAUCUAAAAAGGCUAAGACCGAGAAAACCGAUGCUGGUCCCAGUCUUCCUACAUCCAAAAAUUUCUUGGCCCAUGCUCAAGAACUUAAAUUGGUAAUCUCUUAUCCUGUUACCGAUAAGGAAGAAGACGAACAUGAGGAGGAUACCUCUAAAAAAAAAUUUCCCAUCUAA